UAACGCUCAAUAAUUUAUAUGGCGAGAUUACAUGAGAAACGACAUAUUUAAGUGUUUUAUUUGUGCAUCAUAUUGAGAAUAUUGGAGUAUAAUUAGGAAAUUACUGAUACGCAUACAUGAAGAAAAAAUAUGCAUGAUGGUGGUGAGGCUGGUGGUUGCUUUGGAUCUCGGAACAACAUAUAGCGGAUAUGCUUUCUCCGCAAGUUCCGAUCCAUUAACGAUCGUAUCAAACGUAUGGAAUUCUGGAUCAGGACAGCUCAUGUCGUCAAAAUCACCAACAUGCGUACUUCUUCACAACGACAUGUUUCAUUCCUUUGGAUACGACGCAGAAAACAAAUACGUUCAGGUUAUAGACGACGAAGACAGAAACGACUGGCGUCUAUUUAGAAGAUUCAAGAUGGUCUUGCACAAACAAGCGACAUUAUCAAGAUCAACAACAACAAUCGCAGAUACCAGAGGGGACUACAUGGAAGCCUUCCCGAUAUUUACUAUGGCCUUAGGGUAUCUGAAAAAAUCGGCACUUGAACAUAUAAAAAAACAGCGUGGCGAGGUAUCAAUGGAGAACGUUACAUUUGUUAUAACUGUUCCGGCGAUUUGGGAUGACAAUGCAAAGCAAUUCAUGAGGGAAGCGGCGACCGAGGCCGGGAUAGACACUUCGAAACUUAAGUUUGCUCUAGAACCAGAGGCUGCAUCCAUCUGGUGUGAGUCACAUAGUGCCGAGGCGAGCAUUGCUCUGGCAGGAACUGGGACACGUUAUAUGGUCGUGGAUCUAGGAGGAGGGACAGCUGAUAUUUCAGUUCAUGAAAGGAAUGAAGACGGAACAUUGAGGGAAAUACACAGAGCUAGUGGUGGUAAUUGGGGUGGAACGAAUGUUGAUGCCAAGUUCAUUGAACUGUUACAAGACUUGUUUGGUAGAGAAAUACUGCAUGCAUGGAAGAGAGAUAACCAAGAUGAUUAUAUGGAACUCCUAAGAACCUUUGAAGCAGAAAAAUUGGCGUUUGGACCAGACCUUGACACCAAACUGACCCUCGAAGUUCCGGAAAGUUUAUUUGACAGCACAACUCUUGAUCUGACAAGAUAUGAAGACAAGAUUGAAGUAAAACCUUAUAAACUUAGAUUCGAGACGAAGAAUUUCGGAACAAUAUUCUUUGAUGAUCUCAUAACAAAGAUUGUUAACCAUUUAAAGAAACUCUUUGAGAAAUCAGGACUUGAAUUUGUUCAAACAAUAGUCUUAGUGGGAGGGUUUGCCGAAUGCAGAUAUUUACAAGUAAAAGUUAAAGCAGAAUUUAGUGAAAAAAGAUUAAUUGUGCCCGACGAUCCUGGUAUGUCGGUCCUUAAAGGGGCAGUAAAAUAUGGUCAUUUUCCACUGAUUGUAACAUCCAGAAUAAUGCGAUAUACAUACGGAAUAGAAGCUCGUCGUAAAUUUGAUGAAAGGAUACACAAACAUAUAAAGCCAGUGUACAACCAGGAGGCAAAUUGUCACGUAGUUGAAAAAUGCUUUCAAAUGUUUGUGCCCGUGGAUAAAGAAAUAAAGACCGACUCUAAAUUUACUCAAACAUUUAAGACAUUUUAUGGCUGUAAUGAAACUCAUAUCAAUAUAUUUCGGUCACCACAAAAAGCUCCUUCGAUGGUAACAGACCCUGAGUGUGUUAAAGUAGGCACUGUGAAAAUACGGCAUUCUAAGGAACCUUUCAAAAUAUACGUCACAUUCAUGUUUGGUAAAACCGAGCUGAUAGUUAAAGCUAGGAUUCAGGAGACUGGCAAAGAGGCGAUAGUGAAAUUAGACUGUCUUAACGAUACGCACUUGUAACUUAUAUAGGAACAAUGUGUAAAGAACAAACUGAUUUUCCAUCAAUUAUUGGGUUUAUUUUAAGGUACUACUUAAUACUGUCAACUUGGAUGUCAAACACUGAAAGUUUGAAAAAUAUUUUAAAAACAUGAUCAUACUUUAUAGAGAAUAUUAUUGAUUUGAAGUGUUUGAAUAUUUAUUUGGAUUAUACAGUUAACAUUGUACAUUAUGUUCGCAAUAAUCGACCAAAGGCGUAAUUGUAAUAUGUGUGUGUGUGUGUGUGUUUCCUUUUCAGUUAUGAUGUUGAACAAACAAGAUUAUGUGACGUCUUGUGCCAAAAUGAAUAAUGUUAAGGUUGUUGCGACCACGCAACAGAGAAAGAGAAACUAACAGUGUUCAAAGAAACUUCAAAUAAAUAAUGCUAAGAUUUAGAUAUUUAGAAUAAAGAAUGAUAUUUAAAGUUCAAAAGUUUACAAAAUAUCUUAAAUAUAAAU